AUGGAGAGAAGAGCUGCCCAGCUGGUCUGUUCUGUGCUGCUGUGUAUCAUCACCCAGGUGUGGUGCCAGCUGUGUAUGGGGCCCUGUCACUGUCCACCAACCGUGCCACGCUGCCCCGCCGGCAUUCCUCUGAUGUUAGACAGCUGUGGCUGCUGCCAGCUGUGUGCCAGGCAGGAGGGUGAGGCCUGCACCGACCGGCUGCCCUGUGACACCCAGAGAGGGCUGCAGUGUGACUACAGCGCCAGCUUCCCCGGCGGACCAGGACAGUGUGUCGGUCGGAACGAGCUGGGCUGUGAGGUAAAUGGCAGGAGGCUGGAGGAGGGACAGGUAUUUCAGCCUUCCUGCGCCCAGCUCUGCCACUGCCUGGGAGGGGGCGUGACCUGCGUACCACUGUGCAGCGAUGAUCUGCAGGGACCUGCUGAUAAAUGCCCCAACCGUCAGCUGGUGAGACUGCCAGGGCGCUGCUGCAAAGAGUGGGUGUGUGACGGCACAGACAACAGCAUUUCCUCAAAUCCAUCAGCAGCAGAGCAGGAGCAUCAGGACCACGGGGGUGGGCUGUCUGGCCUGCCAUUAGGCUCCAUCUCCAACUGCAUCGAGUGGACCUCAGACUGGAGCCCCUGUUCCCACAGCUGCGGCCCAGGUGUCUCCAGCCGCACCACCAACAGGAACCGGGCCUGUCUCAUGCGGACUGAGACCAGACUGUGCCAGGGGCUGAAGGUGUGUGAGAGCAGCUACAGUUCACCUCUUUCCAUUCAGCUUGAACACCAGGGCUGCUGGAGCACCAGAGCCUACCGCCCCAGGUUCUGUGCCCUGACCUGUCCGGAGGGAGUCUGCUGCAGCCCCUCCCACACCAGGACAGUGCAGAUAGUCUUCCGCUGUCCCCAGGGUAGGCUCAUCCAGCAGCAGGUGAUGAUGAUCGAGUCCUGCUUCUGCAGUAUCGCCACCUGCCGCCAAUCCCCAGUCACAUCCAGCCGAACAGUCCUGCCCUGGUUGUGA